AUGAAAUUUAAAUUAAUUAUUUUUAUAAUAAUAAUUUAUAUUAUUAAAAUUUUAAAAAGUGAAAUAUUAAAUGAAUUUGGUUAUGGAUUAGUAGAUGAAAAUUUAAAAUGUUUAUCUUUUAUUGGAGAUUCAAAUAAUCAACAAUUAUGUAAUAAUAAAUUAAUAAAUAAACAAUUAAUAUAUAGUACAAUUAAUAAAUCAAAUCAAAUUCAAAGUUUAAAAAUGGUUGAACAAUCAUUUAAACAAUUAACAUUUUUACAAGGAAAAUGUUUAAAUUUAAAUUUUGCUCAAUUUGGAAUUUGUGAUAUUUAUUUCCCAUCGUGUGUUGAAACAAGUUUUGGAAUUUCUUUACCAAAGAGAUUAUGUAAAUCAGUUUGUAAACAAAUUGUUACCGAUUGUCCAACACUUGGAGUAUCAUUAAAUUGUUCAGAUUCAAAUAAAUUUCCAACAAUUGGUACUCUUUACAAUUUAACAAAAUAUGGAUAUACUGAAAAUAAUGGAUUUUAUCAAGUAGAAUGUUCAAAUCCAACAAAUUAUUAUUAUAAUGAAAUAAAUUCAACAAAUAAUCAAUUUAUUGAAAUUUGUCCAAGCCCAUUAGUUUUAAGAAAUCAGUCUGAUUCAAAAUAUGGAGAAGAUAAAGGUUAUACAUAUUUAUCACCAACAAAUUGUGUACUUGGUUGUCCUCAACCAUUUUUUAAAAAUAAUAAAUGGGUACAAAUGUAUAAAAUGUCAAUAGUUUUAUCAACAUUAAGUUUUAUUUGUAGUAUUUAUAAUAUUAUAACAUUUGGUUUACUUUCAAAAUUAAAAAGUAAAUAUAAUUUAUGUAUUACCUUUUUUUCAGUGUCAACUGUUUUAAUGAGUUUAAUGGAUAUUGUAACAUAUGGUAUUGGUUAUGAAGAAUUAUUAUGUCCUGAAUCAGGUAGAUAUGCCAUUCAAUCUGAUGUUGCAUGUGGAGUUACAGGUGCUUUCUUUCAUAUUGGUAUUACAACUGGUGUUCUAUGGUGGACAACAAUGUCAAUUUGUUUAUACUCUGAAGUUAAAAGAUUUAAAAUGAUUAGUUUUAGAUAUAUCAUAAUUUUCAACUCUGUAAUUAGUUUAAUACUUUUAAUAAUACCUUUAUCUGGACAAGCUUUUAUGAGUGGUAAUGGAUCAUUGGGAUGCUGGAUUAGAAAAACUUGGUAUGCAAAUGGUACUUUCUGGAUUCCUUGUGGUAUUUCAUUAUUUAUUGGUGCAAUUUGUAUUGUUUUAGUAAUUUAUGAAAUUUUUAAAAUUUCAAGAAACCUUUCAAAAGAUAACAAACCAUUAAUGUUUCAAAUUAGACCAUUCCUUUGUGUAUUGUUAGUUGGUGGUUCAUUUUUAUAUUUAUUCAUUUUUUAUUUUAAUAAUGAAAGAAAUCUUGAUAAAUAUAAAGCUGCAAUUCCAAGUUAUGUUCAAUGUUUAUUAUCAUCCGAUGAAAAUGGUGAAGAUUGUUUAACUGAUGGCCCUGGAUUUGGAGCUUAUUUUACCUUUUAUUUCUUUACUAGAUUAUUUGGUAUCACUUCUUUUUCUAUUUAUGGUACUUCAAAAAUUGCAAGAGAUAUCUGGUUUGAAUCAGCUUAUAAUCAUCCAUUCUUUAAUCCUUAUAUUGUUAAAUGUUUAUCUUUACUUGGUAUUAGUAAACAUUUCAGUUCAAAUAGUAUUAGUGGUUCAAACCAAAAAAGAUUUAAUCGUAAUGGAAGUAAUUUCAAUAUGAAACAAAAUAAAUCAAAUCCUAAUGAUUCAAUUUCCCUAUCAGUGGUUGAAUCAACGAAAAAACAAGAUACUGAAAAUGAAUUAGAAAGUAACAUAGAAACAAAAGAAAAUCGUAGUACUGAUAUUAGUAUUGAAAAUACUACUUCCUCAAAAGAUUCAAAUACUAAUAGUUUUUAA